UAUGUAUUAAAUUUUCAGAACAAUGAAAAUGAUGAAAUAAAUUAUAAGACCAAUUAGAAUUUGUACCCCAAUAAUAGCAACAAAUAAUUAUUUGAACAUUUACAAUUUGAAUUAAUUCUUUUUAAGGAUGUCGAUGGAAAAUAAUGAUGAAGAUUUGGAACCCCUAAAAGUAAAAGAAGAACAAAAUAUUCGUAGGUUACUCAAGAAUCGGAUAUGAGGUGCCCUCAGAUGAUUGUUUGAU